CAACAGUCUUUCUCUCUCCUCCAUCGAUCCAAAAGGUAGGCAAAAAAUUCGAGAGAUCGAAACCCUAAUUUCCACUUCACGCUCUCUCUCUAUCCACUGCUCUGAUCCAGGUGCUUUUUCUUCUUUGUCUAUAUCAAAACCCUAGUUUUUUGGAGUUCAAAAAAAUAAACCCUAGAAUGUCUCAUCUGAUGCUAAUUUGGACCGAUUUGAAUUGAUUUUGAGGAACUCCUGAUAAUAAUAAUAUUAUUGUUUCUUGCCUAGAAUAUGAAGCGAGAUUCGUGUUCGGAUUUGAGGAAGGGUGAUUAGAUGCGGGUGUAUUUGUGUUCUGAGCUUGAAUUCUUGUGAACAAGAUCGUCAUUGGUUGGUGGGAUUUUGGGGUAAUCUUUGGAUUUGGACAAUUUUAUGGUUAGAGAAUUGUGAAGAUUGAGCUGGAUCAUAGGGUACAAGAACUUGAUUUCUGUUGGUGUAGAGGUGGUUGUUGUUUACCUUUUUUUUUUUCUUUUAAUCUGUAUUAGACGCGGUUUAGAUUUUUCUGGGUAUGCUUUGAUGGAUGAUAGAUUGAUAGUGGUUGGAACAGUGGGCCAUUCUUUGAAGAUGCUGUUUAGUGUUUUUGAUGCAUGAAGCUAAACGUUCUUUAUCGGUUUAGUAUCUUGUGUGAUAUCAGCAGGAAUACAACUGAGAGGGUUUAGGGAUUGAAACUUGUUUAGAUACGCUGUUUCAAGUGAUUUGAUGGAGGUAUGGCUCUGAAUAUUGCGUAGUGGGCACAGUUUUUUAUCAAUCAAAUUUGAAUGAGAUUGUUGGUGCGAUUCUUGAUUGAAACUCGAGGGUGAGCUUCCAUUGGGCGGCUUAGAAAUACCUAUUUCUCCAAUUGUAGCACAAGCAAAAUGAGCUUAGAACAUGAAGAGCAACUCUUAGUGGAUCGACCUGCUGAAGCAAAGCACGAAUAUCAGAAGACUUUGCAGAUAUCAUAUACAAGAGAUUUUUUAUUGUCAUUAAGUGAGCUGGAUAUUUGCAAAAAGCUACCAACUGGAUUUGACCAUUCAAUUCUAAGUGAAUUUGAGGAUGCCUCCUAUAAUGCACAAGAUCGACAAAAAAUCUCUGGAAGUUUGUCAUUGCAAAGUUUCAGGCGUAAUGAGUAUGGCUCAUCUCCACCAACCAGAGGAGAUUCAAGUAAUUCUUCUCGAGGAAUCCAUGGAAGGUGGGAAAGUCGUUCUUCUGGACGGAGUGAGAAAGAUAGUGACUCUCAAUCUGAUUGGGACUCAGAUUCUGGAAGGCGAUUUGGUAACCAGUCUCGUAGGUCUUGGCAAACUCCUGAACAUGACGGACUUCUUGGGAGUGGUUCUUUUCCAAGACCUUCUGGAUAUGCAGCAGGGGCAUCAGCUCCAAAGGUUCGAGCUAAUGAUCACUACCAGCUGAAUAGGAGUAACGAGCCUUAUCAUCCUCCUCGUCCUUAUAAGGCAGUACCUCACUCACGAAGAGACACCUAUGAUUCGUACAAUGAUGAAACAUUUGGUUCUGCUGAGGACACAAGUCAGGACAGAGCAGAAGAGGAAAGAAAGAGAAGAGCAUCCUUUGAGUUGAUGAGGAAGGAACAACAAAAAGCAUUUCAGGAGAAGCAGAAUUUGAAUCCAGACAAGCAUAAAGGUGAUUCUGUCCCGGAUGUUACUGCAUUGCUGGAGGACCCCAAAGAUGAGAAAGGACUUUUGAAUAGAAACAGUGAAGUGGCUGAGCUUGUGAUAGUACCUGAUUCCCAUAAUGAUUCUGGAAAAUCUUCAUUACCCUCACAAACUCCUGCAUCUAGACCUCUUGUACCCCCCGGUUUUACAAGCACAAUUCUUGAGAGGAAUUUUGGAAUCAAAUCUAUAAUUCAUCCUCAUCCAGCAGAGGUUGGGAAUCCUGAACUUGAGGAUAGCCUUUCCCAUUCCCAUGGCAACUCUGUGGUAAAUGGGGCUGAGAAACAAUCAGCACAUGAAAUGAGUCUAAGUGAGCAUCAUCAUCAAAAUGUAACUAUUGAAGUUCCAUUUAUCAACAAGAAUGGGAAUAUUGUUAAUUCAUCAUCGAAUUUAGAAUCUUCUCAUAAGACAAUUGGCAUGGAUAGCCAGUCAUAUAUGCCUUCUAGUCUUUCCAAUAUGCAUGAAGCCCUGGAGAAUGGUGAAAGCACAGAGCUCAAUAUGAAGAAGAGUCAGGAAAAAAUUGUGGGUGAAUACAGUCAAGAUAAUUCAACGUCAAUCCUAGAUAAACUUUUUGGCACUUCUUUAACAGUGGCUAGUGGCAGCUCCUCUAGUUUCGUUGAGCAGCAUGGGAGUAAAGCAGAUGAUGCUUGGAGCCCUAGCACUGUCCAAUCUUCCAAGUUUGCUCAUUGGUUUCUUGAAGAUGAAAAUAAACCAACAGAUAGUCUCUCAUCAGGGAGACCAAGUGACUUGCUUUCAUUAAUCACUGGUGGUGAGAAAGCUGGAUCCCAAGUUUCUGAUUUGAAAACCUCUGAACAAAUUCCACUAGACGUGACUUCUGAACACAAUGAACUUGCGAAUAAGCCUAUGGCAUCUAAUUUAACAUCCGCUACUGUUGGGAUCUCCGAGCAGUUGUAUAAUAGCAAUAAACCAUUUGCCAUUCCGGGGGUCCUUACAUGUGAAGACCUUGAACAUUCAAUUCUGUCAGAAAUUAGUGACAAUAGUGCAACUUUGCAGCCACCUGUGCAAAGCCAGAGUUCUUCUGAUGUGAAGACUCAGCAGCCAAAAAUCAACAUUGAUAACCAUGCAUCCCAGCACCUUCUCUCAUUGUUACAGAAGGGAACGGACAUGAAAGAUAGGGCACCAUCCUCGAAUCUUGACAUGGGAUCCUCAGACAAACUAAAUGUUUUCGAAAAAGAAAAUAUUGGGUCUAUUUCAACAGAGGAAAAUGCUGAAAAAGUCCACAGUUCAGGAACGAGUCUGACUCUUGAGACACUCUUUGGGAGUGCUUUUAUGAAGGAGCUGCAAUCGGUUGAAGCACCGGUUUCUGUCCAAAGGAGCUCAGUAGGGUCUACAAGAAUCCAUGUUUCAGAGCCUCAUGGGUUGUCCAUUCCAGUCAUAGAUGAUGGUCUCCUUCCUUCUGCGGUUGGGGAAAUUAGAUUCAACAGGACUGGUGCUGAAAGCAGUGUUUUGGCGUCAAACCGCAGACAGCCAACCAAAUCAGAUAAGAUUGGAGGUAAUUGGCUACAGCUUGAUGAUCCUAGAUCUGAUGUGGAUUCGUCACAGCUCCGAGCCGAAAUAGUGUCUAAGCUUGGUGGCUUUGAUGGGGAGGCUGAAAUUCGGCUGCCUGAAGAGGAUAGCUUGAUUUCUGUCAGCGAUCCACUGAACCCCCAAAACUCCCUGUUUAUGCGUGCAGGGAAUUCAACUAAAACAGAAUUUUUAUCCUCAAACACACCAAUUGACAUUGUUGAAAAACUUGCAGCUUUGAACACUGGCCUCAACGAUGAAAGAUCAAUGGCAGGAGGUUCAGAGGGUCCACCUUUUAUUCAUGCUCCUUAUGAGGUUAUGGACCAUCAAAAUCUUCAUGCCCAACCAUCUUCUCCACAGCUUCAUCACCCUCAGAUGAAUCAUGGGAGGCCAUUAUUUCAUCCAUUAGAUUCUCAUACUGCUCAAAUUAAUUCUCAAAUGAAGUUCAUGGCUCCCGAGAACAUCAUCCAUCAUGACCCUCCACCAAAUCAUCAAUUUCCUGCAAAUAUGUUUCGCCCUCCUUUCCAUCAUCCCAGUACUGGGCUGACAGGGUUUGAUCAUCCUGUUCAUCAUCCUAUGUUACAGCAGAUGCACAUGCCUGGCAAUUUCCCUCCGCCUCACCCACUACGGGGAUUUCCAAGGGGGGCACCACUGCCCCUUCGUCCCAACAAUCAGGCGACUAAUUUCGUGCAGGAAGUGAACCCUCUGCAAGGGUUUCCUUUUGGUCAUCGACAACCUAACUUUGGUGGUCUUGGAAUGCCAGUGCCAGGUCCUGAUGUAAGUGAUGGAAGCAAUCAUCCUGAUGCAAUACAGAGGCUGAUAGAAAUGGAGCUGAGGGCAAAUUCGAAGCAGAUCCAUCCAUUAGCUGCUGGUGGGGGGCAUGGUAGUCAAGGGCAUGGGCAUGGGCAUGGGCUAGAGUCGGGUGGUUUUAGGUACAGAUAGUGGGAUGAUGGAUUGUGGUUGUGUAUAUUGAACUCUAUGCAUCAUCUUUCACCUAGUCCACAAACUCCUCCAAUUGGAGAAUUGAGUUUGAAAAAUGCUUUAUUUCAGAAUUCAAGAGGCGAAUCGGACUGCGGAGAGUGUAUCUUAUGCAUUUUAUAUGGUUGGGAUUUUGGGUCUGCU